AUGUCUGCAACUGUAGCCAACUCCGUCACGAACCCACUCACUACCGCCACUCCGGCCACAUUGCAAGUUGAAGUCGUACCUCUCUCCAAAUCAUCUGAAGAUUCUCCCAUCCUUCACUUGUCCCCGUCUAAUAAACCACAACCAGAGGUAGACCCCGUAGAACAUCUCGACAUCCCUUCCGUCCCGAAGCUCGACAUCCCGACGGUAGAAAAAUUUCAUUUCCGUCGUGAGGAGAGGAACGACAUGCCAUCGUUUCAACCUUCAAAGAGGAUGUUACAGAUCGUUGAUCUGAUUUUGGGAGCCGGUCCGAGGUAUGAACAAUGGCAGAAUUCAAUCGUCACUCACCCUCAGAAGAGCAAGCCGGACGGGGUGAAACCCCAACAUUCAACUAUGGAAUUGGAAUAUCAUUUGAUAGAGAAACUAUUCGAAGCCGGAGGACAGUUGAACCAGUUAAGGUUACUCGCUCCUGCGCCUCCUGGUACCCCGAAUGACAAUCGAUGGGAACAAUGUUUACUAACCUGGCAACCCUUCAACAAAGGAAAAUCCAAAGACAAGAAAGAAGCCAAUAACAUCAAGUGCAACAAUAGGAAAGACGAAGAAGUAGAGGGAAAGUUUGUACAUUCGUCAUCGGAAGGAAAAAUUGAGGAAGUGGUUCAAGACGCUUCGGGCGAUCAGGGAGAGAAACUUCCGAAGGACGAAGACGAUGGCCUCGGUGACAAGAAUGAGGUGGAAGAGAACGAAAUUCAAGGGGACAAGAACCAUCCAGGGGUGUCGAGUGCACUUACGGUCAGCAGUAUGCAUCCUGAAGUUCAAUUCCGUGAUGAGGAGAAGAUUACAUCACCUUCAAAACGUUUCCUCGACACUCUCAACUUGACUCUCGCAGUCUGCGCCCAUUUCGGUCAACAUGUCACGACCAUAAAAACUCUUCCUCAACAACACGGCGACACCAAUUAUACGAUACAAGUUUGGUUUCACAACCCGAUGAAAGCCCUGACACCUAAACCCGAGCCUUUCGAUUUUGUAGGAGAAGCGGAUGAGACGUGGGGUUGGGCCCUCAGGAUUGAGCUGCACGCCAUGACUAAAAUGUAUGCUAGCGGGCAGGUCGUGGAGUGUUUUGAGAUGGUACCUCCGGGAAUGAACAAGGGGAGAGAGAAGUCACGACUGAGGUGGAGGUCGCCUGUCAGUCCCGGCGGAGGCGACGACAAGGAAUCAGUGACGGACCUGGUGUUCGAGGGAGAGAGUACCAAAGAAGGAGGCGCCGGAGCUGAUGAGAAUGGAAAUCACAUUGAAAAAGAGGAUGUUGAAGCCAAUGGGCCGGAGGCUACCGAGCAGGAGGUGAUUGAAGGUCAAGCUGAAGUCCUCCCAGGUACCGCUUAG